AUGGAGGACGACAAGGUCGUUCACGAGGCAGGUCCCCUUCCAACAGAGGAAGAUCUUAUUCACAUAACCAGUCCCAUUUCUCUUCAUCCAACCAACCAAACCGUCCCAUCUGCCAAGUCUGUAGUAAACCAGGUCAUGUUGCCCUCCAAUGACAUUUUAGGUUCGACCAUGCUUUCCAAUAUGACCCUCCCCGAUCCUUCUCUGCCAACUACUCCUUUCCUUCGGCCAUUCUCGACUUUACAUGUAUAUGUUGAUGACAUGAUCAUCACAUCAUCUUCCUCAAGUGAUGUUAAACGUUUAAUUGUUUCUCUAGGACAGGCUUUUCCUGUGACUGAUUUGGGACCCUUACCAUAUUUUCUUGGAUUAGAACUUGACUAUCUCUCAGAUGGUCUCUUUAUUUCACAAAGAAAAUACAUCUCUGACUUAUUGAAGAAAGCCAAUAUGCUUGGUUCUAAACCAAUUUCCUCCCCAAUGUCUACUUCUACCAAGCUUUCUAAAUUUGAUGCACCCACCUUUGAAAAUGCAACUUUAUUCCGAAGCAUAGUUGGCAGUUUACAGUAUCUUUCCUUAACUCGACCUGAUGUGUCAUUUGCUGUUAAUAAGGUCUAUCAAUUCAUGCAUGAUCCUAAAAAUACCGACUGGACAGCAGUCAAAAGAAUACUUCAAUAUCUAAAGUCUACUAUUAAUCAUGGGUUAUUUUUAGCAAAAAAAUCUGGCUUAACUCUUCAUGCAUUCUCAGAUGCUGACUGGGCAGGGUGCCCUCAUGAUAGGAGAUCUACAAGAGGAUUUUGUAUUUUUUUGGGCAAUCACCUAAUUUCUUGGAGUUCAAGGAAGCAACACACUCUUGCAUGUUCUAGUAUAGAGGCUGAGUAUAAGUCUCUAGCCAAUACCACUGCUGAACUCAUAUGGCUGCAAACAUUGAUCAAAGACCUUGGUUUCUCACUCUCACAACCAUCUGUUCUAUGGUGUGACAACUUGGGAGCUACAUACUUGAGCUCAAAUCCUAUCUAUCACUCCCAUCACUCCCGCACCAAACAUAUGGAUGUGGACUUUCACUUUGUGAGAGAUAGAGUAGCUGCCAAAACUCUACAAGUUCAAUUUUGCAGCAAUAAAGAUCAACUCGCUAAUGUCUUCACAAAACCUUUAGUUGCUGAUCGAUUCUUCUCUCUCAAAUCGAGCCUAAAUGUGAUUGACACCGCAUUUGACUCGAGGGGGCGUAUCAACCUAAUAACAGAAGCUGCAUAUCCAGAAAAUACCAAGCUACACAAUCCACAUUAG